AUGGUGUAUCGGAGAACUACCAAGGAAGUUUGGAAGAAGCUUCAAAACAUGUUCUCUCAAGGCAAUGGACCUAGGGUUUAUCAAUUGCAGAAAGAUCUUGCUAGCAUUUCUCAACGGGAACUCACUCUUCUAAUGGGUCUCAAUGAUUCAUUCUCUCACAUUCGAGGUCAAAUUUUGUUGAUGGAUCCCAUUCCUUCUGUUGACAAAGUAUACUCUUUGUUGGUUCAAGAUGAAAGGCAGAGGUCAGUUGGACAUAGCAACAAUGGUCCUUUUGUUGAAUCCACAGCCCUUGCAGCCAAAAUAAUGAAUUUUGGUUCUGGUUCUAAGACUUUCAAGAAAGGAAAGGAGAGGCCUACUUGCAGCCAUUGUGGAUUGCUUGGUCAUACUGUGGAAAAAUGCUACAAAAUCCAUGGAUAUCCUCCUGGAUAUAAAACCAAAGCAAGGGCAAACCAGGUCUCUUCCCUUGAUUCUGUUCAAGAUUCUGUUGCAACACUAACUCCACAGCAUUUUCCUUUCACAAUGGAGCAAUGCUAG